UCAGUGACAAGUAGUCAUUAUUGGCGGGUAUCCGUCGACGUGAGAAGGCUAAUGUGCUUAACUAUGAGUGCUCAGCAAAUCAUGGAAGCGUGUAUGGGCCUUAAGUUAGGUGAUUCUGAAAAAUUAGAAGACUUACCAGCAAUACCAAAUCUAUGUCAAUUGUUGAAGACACUUGCAGAACUCUCCGACGUGACGAUAGACAGUGACCUCAUGCAGGGUCCAAAAGACUUUUCAUGUCUUAUGCAAAUAUUAAAAAAACAUCGCUUCGGUUACAGCAACUUCGCCGAAUGUCGCGAAGUUCUAGCCCAACUUUUGAAAAUCUCGGGUUCACCAUACACGUCACAGAACCAAGCAGGACUUUUGAAAGAACUCAGCUACUUAUGGAACACGAAUCUUUCGAAAGCGAGCUACGAUAACGCAAUCAUAACCGCAAAACAGUUGGCAAAACUGGCAAUUACAUUAAAUGAUAAGAAGCUUGAAGGAGAGGCAUAUUAUCUUCACAUCGAUGCACUGUUUUCAAAUGGCUUGAUAGAAGAUGCGAAGCUUAUUUUAGAGAAAUGUUUGCAUUGCAGUGAAGUGUCAGGAGACCAGUUGACAAUAGGUUACUCCCAACUGGCCGCGGCGAAAAUAUACUACAUGGAACAAAAGUACGAGCUAGCUCUGGCAGAGGAAGAAAAAUGUCUAGAAAUUGCCAAACGACUAAACGACAAACUCGUGGAAUGCGAAGCCACAUUACAAAUGGCGAGAAACCACUGUUACCUUUUUAACAUACAGAAAGCUUUAAAUCUCUUUUCCGAGGGGUUAAAAGUGGCUACAGAUUUAGGACAUCGUAAAAAGAUUAUGAAAACUAAAAUUAACCUAUCUUCCAUCUACACUUUAAUGGGGGAAUACAGAAAAUCCUAUCAAAUUAGCAAACAUUUAAGGAAGUAUGCGAGUUCAUAUGAAGACCAAGAGUUUGUGUAUACAGUUCUUUGCAACCUGUGCGUCAAUGCACUUCUUCUCAACGAAGAUAAAAAGUCCUUAAAGCUGGCCCGUAAAUCGUUGGCGGUGGCUGAGGAGUCUGGCGUAAAAAAGCAUAUUGCUUUAGCUCAUGGCAACAUAGGCCUGGCUCAGUUGAAAUUACAAGAUUUUGAUGAUGCACUCGAAAGUUUUGAGAAAUCUCUCAAACUAGGUGAAGAAAUUAAUGAUAACAGGAUUAUUAACAACAAUUAUUGUAAUCUUGGAAAAGCUUACGAGGGGAAAGGCGAUAAAAGCAUGGCUAGGAAGUACUAUCACAAGGCUCUCAACACGACUCAGCCACCUUCAUCUCAUUGGUGCGAUACCGAAGACUUUCGAUUCAGUCCAGACUACCUUCUUGGCAUGAUGGCAGUCAAAGAGAACGAGUAUCAAACUGCACAGAAAUUCUUUCAACAGGUUAUAGACCGAUGUGAAAAGUUUCGCAAGAGCGUUCAGGACACUCCAUUAAAGAUUUGUUUUAACGAUACACAGAAGAAACCUUUUCAGUAUUUGCAGCACGUGCUUUUAAGAGAAAAAGCCGAUGCAGAUGCACUGUUAGUCGGUGAGAUGGGCAGAGGAAGAGAUUUUUAUGAUAAGGUAAUAAAAGAAGAUCAAUCCAAGCAGCUAAAAACGCCGAAUGCUCUCUUAGAGUUAGCGAAAACAAACAAGCAAGCGAUACUCUUUUUAUCCAAACUGGACGUUGUCCAAGAAAUGAGAAUUUGGUUUAUUUCACCAAAUGGUGAAAUCUCUUCCUUCGAUCAAAAACUUCAUCGUUGGGAAAAGCCUCUUGAGGAUCUACGAAUUGUGUUUAAUCCACAUAUAAAUUAUAAAGAAAAGUCACUCCAGCAGACUAUCAAUGCACCGGGAUGCACAAUGGACCCAGGUAGCGAUGACACUGAAGUGUUGCACCCCUCAGAAAGUUGCCAUGCUCAUACAUUCCACCCAAACUGGCCAUACCAGAUUGAAAUUAGAGGCGUAGAAAACGAUGUAUUAAGUGGUCAUGAUUUCGAAUACGAAUCUGAAGAUGAUGAUUAUGAUGACAUCGAAGUUGGAGAGGAAAAUGAGACAAGCUGUGAUCAAUCUGGAGUUUCGUCUGAGAGUCAGGACAGUCAGAACACAUUAAACCAAAACCACCUACCCACCCGUGGACCAUCGAAGAUACCCGACUUCUCCAAAGUUAUUGACGAAUUCAGCAAGCUAAUUGUAGAACCAAUUGAAGGUCGUUUAGAAAACCUGUCUACCAAGAAUGGCCUUAAACCUCAACUGCUGAUCAUUCCACAAGGAGAAACGUUUAACAUACCAUAUUCAACGCUGCGUCUUAGUAAUGGCGAGCCGUUAUGUACAUUGGUGGCACCUCGGGAAGCGUUCUCUUUCCACUCUUAUUCCUACAGCACGGCACUCCAAGAAGGGGUGUCGCAGGUGACUGAGAUGAAGGACAUCCUCAUCGUUGGCAAUCCAACAAAAGACCUUCCAUUUGCUGAAAAAGAAGCCGAGAUGAUUGCAAAAAAGGCGGGAGUGUUACCGUUGUUGAGAGAAUCCGCCACCCGCAGUGAAGUUCUGCGCCGUAUUUCGAAAGCACCCAUAAUUCAUUUCGCGUGCCAUGGCGCGACAGAUGGGAAAAGCUUACAACUUGCUCCAGAAUGUGUUAAUAACAACAGCGAAAUGGCAAGAGUGAGCUACCUUACUGUGGAAGAUCUCUCGAACGUGACCUUAUCGGCUAACAUGGUUGUCCUUAGUGCCUGCCACACUGCCCAGGGCAAAAUCAGUAGCGAAGGCGUGUUGGGACUUGCGCGUGCUUUUCUGAUGGCAGGAGCAAAGUCAGUGAUUACCUCACUGUGGGCAGUUGACGACAAUGCCGCAGAGACAUUGAUGUUGAAGUUUUACAACAAUCUUUACAACGAGCCUGUCGUCAACGCCUUGGCAACCACCAUGUGUGAGAUGAAGGAAGAAAAAUUUGAAAUGGCUCAAUGGGGCGGUUUCAAAGUUCUUGGGGCAAACAUCAGAGUAUUUGCUAAUGAUUAAGCUUGAACGUACGUGCAAUUGCUAAUGCACCAUGGCCAACAAUCGUUUCUUCUUUCUUGUUCGCGGGAUAAUUUAACAAACCGACUUAAACCCUCCGCCGUUUAAUGUAUUUUGAGUUAUUUGUCGAAAAUUCACUGUCAGCUGACAAGUGCAACAGCAGCUAAUAAAUUAAGGUACCUAGCGUCCUUACAUUUGCUUUAGGCCAAUCAAAA